UUCCCACAAUUUCUGCUGUCAAGGCACCGGCCAUAGCGUGGCAGGCAACAUAUUUUCAAUACUUUUUGGUUAUAAGACGGUUAUUCCGUAUUUCUGAAUACAACUCCUCUAUUUUUUCAGCAUCAUGAGUACAAUAUUAGAAAAAAUUGCAGCCAUCGAGGCCGAGAUGGCAAGAACUCAGAAAAACAAAGCCACAGCUGGUCACUUAGGGUUGCUCAAAGCUAGAUUGGCCAAACUAAGACGAGAACUUAUCACACCUAAAGGAGGUGGCGGUGGCACCGGAGAAGGUUUUGACGUUGCGAAGACAGGAGAUGCUCGAGUGGGCUUCGUAGGAUUUCCCUCCGUUGGGAAGUCUACGCUGCUGAGUAAUUUAGCUGGCGUUUAUUCUGAAGUGGCAGCAUAUGAAUUCACAACUCUCACAACUGUGCCUGGUUGUAUUAAAUACAAAGGUGCCAAAAUUCAAUUACUGGAUUUGCCUGGAAUUAUUGAAGGUGCUAAAGAUGGGAAAGGUCGAGGUAGACAAGUAAUAGCAGUUGCGAGAACUUGUAGUUUGAUUUUUUUGUGCUUGGACGUUUUGAAGCCCCUGAAUCAUAAAAAACUUAUCGAACACGAAUUGGAAGGUUUCGGAUUAAGGUUAAAUAAACAACCGCCCAAUAUUUAUUUCAAGAAAAAAGACAAGGGCGGCAUUAACUUGAACUGUAUGGUGCCUCAGUCGGAAUUGGAUUCAGACAUGGUGAAAACCAUCCUAUCCGAAUAUAAGAUACAUAACGCUGACGUUACCUUAAAAUAUGACGCGACAAGUGAUGACCUUAUAGAUGUUAUUGAAGGAAAUCGGAUUUACGUACCGUGCAUAUACAUCUUAAACAAAAUCGAUCAAAUCAGUAUUGAAGAACUGGACGUUAUUUAUAAAAUACCUCAUUGUGUACCGAUUUCUGCACAUCACCGAUGGAAUUUCGAUGAUCUGUUGGAAAAAAUGUGGGAAUAUUUGAAAUUAGUACGAAUUUACACGAAACCUAAGGGGCAGUUACCCGACUAUAAUUCUCCCAUAGUUUUACAUUCAGAACAUACAACGGUUGAGGAUUUUUGUAACAAACUACAUAGAAGCAUCGCCAAGGAAUUUAAAUACGCCCUCGUGUGGGGCUCCUCAGUGAAACAUCAACCCCAGAAAGUCGGUUUGGAGCACGUCCUCUGCGACGAAGACGUGGUUCAGAUCGUAAAGAAAGUUUGAGACUUUUUUCAACAACGACUUUAUUGCAGAAACAACUUUAUAUGUCAGGUUUAAACGGAAGAUAUUUAUGAUAUAGGCAUUGUUGCUUAUUUCUAAGAAUAAAGUGUCAAAUUAG